CUUUGAGCCGCGCUCGAGUUGCGCCUUCGAGCCUCCGGUCCGCAGUUUUGCAGCGGGGCAUGUCGCGCCUGUUCCAGACGAAGCACGUGUCUGGACUGCUGAUUACGCUGGUGCUGGUUCUGGGUGUGGCUGUGGUGAGCCUGGUGGAGCUGGCAGCGGAUGAGUAUGUGUUGGAGACGCUCAUUGUCAGCCUUUGCAUGCUCCUGGGCGCCCGCUGCGUCAAUGAUGAGACCAUGCCCUGGGGGCCGAGCUUGGAAGGCGCAGGCCCGGACCCUUCGGCGCGCGACCUGUCCAGCGAUCGGGAGGAGCGGCGGCCGAGCCCCCGAGCGUCGGCGCGCCUCCACUCCAAGCUGCAGCUCUUCGCCAACCAGGGCAACCUGCCGGAGGCCAAGCGCUGCUUCGAGCGGAUACAAGCGGAGGCCAAGCCCACCGUGCGCACCUUUAACAUCAUCCUGAGCGCCUGCAUCAAGUGCUCGGGCUGCGUCGAAGCGGAGCAGUGGUUUGAGCGCAUGGAGGAAGCCCAGGUGGUGCCCAACCAAGCCAGCUACUCCAUCCUGGUGUCAGGCUGGGCACGUGCUGGCGCGCCGGGAUUGGCGUGGAGGUGGUUGGAGAAGAUGCAAGAGUCGGGGUCCGAACCCACGGCCGGGUGCUUCUUAUCGCUGCUGGUGGCGGAGUGCAAGAAGGGCCAGCUGCAUCAGGCGGAAGCCAUCUUGGAGGACCUGACGCGGCAGUUCCCGAACGCGCGGCUGCAGGCGACCACCGUGCUGCUGGACGCCUGCGCCAAGCACGGGGACCUGGAGGGCGCAGAGAGGCUGAUGCAAAGCAUCGCGUCGGAGGCCUCGGUGGUGAGCUUCGGCGCCAUGUUGGACGCCUGCGCCAAGGCCAAGGACCCCCAGCGCGCGCUGAGGUGGCAUGAGACGAUGCUGGCUCGUGGCCUGCGGCCGAACAACACCACCUGCACGGCGCUGGCUGUGGCUUUGGCGCGGGCCGGGGACUUCGCGCAGGCCCUGGGAGCGUUGGAGGCGAUGGAGGACUUCGGGCUCCAGGGGGAUG